AAGACGGAGAAUGCUGGUGCCCACGAUGCAAGGUGGUGGCGAUAGGAGUCUGGCGGCGAUGGUGGUGGUGGCGGUGGUGGUGGUGGUGAUGCAGCCAGGCUCAACGCUCACCAAGAUAAGGGGGACGACCCUGCACGAAGAGGCAGGCCUGUGGAGGCUUACCCAGGCUGACUCCUUGUGUCGGUGUCAGAAUCUGUGCCUGGUGAUGACGAACUGUACUGCUGUGUCUGUGCAGGUCGUGUUGGAUGAGGAGACUAGGAUAAAGAGAACAUCAAGCCCAGCCACUCGCCUCGACUGUCUCUUCACCUCCCACGACACUCCACAGAAUCACCUGGUGCCCUCCUCCAGCGGCGCUGUGAUCGUAAUGCUUUAUGAGGAGGCCUUAACAUCAACAACUAAGGGGACUCUAACUACAACCCAGCACACGGAGCUCACGAGGACACCACUAUAUAAUGAUUCAACAACAGUCAACUCAAGCCCAACAGAAACAUUGCUGCUGACAUCACCAGCAACAACCAACUUAAAAUCAACAAAUGGGGCCACACAAUCCUCAUUGGUGCCUGACACAACUACGCAGCUAAGCAUAACAACACCACCAGAGAGUAUAACUACACUAGUAAGCAUAACAACACUACCGGAUGAUAUAACGGAUGAUAUAAACAUAACAACACUAUCAGUAAAUACAACAACACCACUGACAAACACAGACACGACACCACUGACAAACACAGACACAACACAGCUAACAAACACAGACACAACACCAGCAAUAAACACAGACACAACACCAGCAAUAAACACAGACACAACACCAGCAAUAAACACAGACACAACACCAGCAAUAAACACAGACUCAACACCAGCAAUAAACACAGACUCAACACCAGCAAUAAACACAGACUCAACACCAGCAAUAAACACAGACACAACACCAGCAAUAAACACAGACUCAACACCAGCAAUAAACACAGACACAACACCAGCAAUAAACACAGACACAACACCAGCAAUAAACACAGACUCAACACCAGCAAUAAACACAGACACAACACCAGCAAUAAACACAGACACAACACCAGCAAUAAACACAGACACAACACCAGCAAUAAACACAGACACAACACCAGCAAUAAACACAGACUCAACACCAUUAACAAACACAGACACAACACCAGCAAUAAACACAGACACAACACCAGCAAUAAACACAGACACAACACCAUUAACAAACACAGACACAACACCAGCAAUAAACACAGACUCAACACCAGCAAUAAACACAGACUCAACACCAUUAACAAACACAGACUCAACACCAUUAACAAACACAGACACAACACCACACAACACCAGCAAUAAACACAGACACAACACCAGCAAUAAACACAGACUCAACACCAUUAACAAACACAGACACAACACCACUGAUAAACACAGACACAACACCGCUAACAAACACAGACACAACACCAGCAAUAAACACAGACACAACACCAGCAAUAAACACAGACUCAACACCAUUAACAAACACAGACACAACACCAGCAAUAAACACAGACACAACACCAGCAAUAAACACAGACACAACACCACUAACAAACACAGUCACAGCACCACUAACAACCACAAUCGCAACACCACUAACAAACACAGUCACAACACCACUAACAACCACAAUCGCAACACCACUAACAAACACAGACACAACACCAGCAAUAAACACAGACACAACACCACUAACAAACACAGUCACAGCACCACUAACAACCACAAUCGCAACACCACUAGCAAACACAGUCACAACACCACUAACAACCACAAUCGCAACACCACUAACAAACACAGGCACAACACCACUAAUAAGCACAGACACAACACCAUCAGCAGCUACUACCACAGCAACACCAUUAACAAUUACAACAACAGCACCAUCAAUAGCCACAACACCAACAACAACUACAACCACAACACCAGCAAAUGCAGCACCAACAACUACAACCACACCAGUAACAACCAUAACACCAUCAACAACUACAACACCAACAACCACAGCACCAUCAACAACCACAAUACCAGCAACAACCAUAACACCAUCAACAACUACUACACCAACAACAACCACAAGACCAGCAAAUACAAUACCAACAACAACUACAACCACAACAACAACUACAACACCAGCAACAACCACAACAACAACAACUACAACCGCAACCACAACCGAGCCUAUCCAGGGCUAAAACCACUGUUCUAA